UAAGGUAGACUCAAAUUACGCCGCUACCACCAACAAACGCCGCCGCCGCUAUCUAGUAGUUCCCGAAGACGAACGGCACGGAGCCGUCGAUCAUGUAGUGCGCCGAGAAGCCCAUGGCGCCGAUCAUCGCGAGGCGCCCAUUCGCGAGCUCCAUGUUGCGCUUCUUCGCCCGGACCUCGUCGCUCAACGUGUCCGUGAUGGGCUCGCCUCUGAUUAAUUGCCCAACCGGGUCCCAGAUGAGCGUGUUGCGCCCGAUCGCGCCGCCCCGCAGGUAGUGGGGCUUCUGGAACUCGCCGUAGGUCUCGAUCAUGCCGGCGACGAAGGCGAACUGCCACAACCCGAGCGUGGGAAUCAACUUGAACUGCUCCACCGGGUUGCCCGCGGCGGCGAGGUCGCCGAACGUCACGUCGACCGUCGACAGCUUCGGGUACAAUGAAGCUUUGGCCAGCGGGACCGAGGCCAUGUUCGUCAGCGGGUAGGACUGCGCAAUGAAGCCCAUGCACGCGACCAUGGCCACGCGGCCGUGCUUGAGCUCGGCGGCGCGGUACCACGUCAGGGCCUCGGGGCUCGUCUUCGCGAACCCGAACGGGUCCCAGAAUCCGAAGGGCGCCUGGGCGCCCUCCAUCUGCGACGCCUCGAAGGCCGCGAGCUGCGUGGCCGGCCGGGCCGGCGCGACGGGCGCGACGAGCGCGCGCGCGCCCGCGGCGAGCAGCGCGAGCCUGCGUUUUUGGCGCGUUAGGUGGGCGUCAGGGGGGCGUCGCUCUCGGUCCGGCUUGUGUGUUCCUUUUGCGAUCGCGAGGCCUCGGUUCGGCACGCGGCGGCCGGCGCCGGCGACGAGACCGACGCGGCGCGCAGCUCCUCGGCCCAGGGGCGCAGCGCGGCCGCCGCCGGCGUCGACGGCGCCGCGCCAAGCGACCUUUUGCCACCGCGGUGCAGUGGGUGAAUGCUGGAUGCCUCAGGUGGCCUUUUGGCGGUCGUCCGAAGCCGUUCGACCGGCGCGCGGCGCCGCUUUCGAGCCAGAGGCCCGGCAGCUGGCCAUUGCUCUAUCUCCGCGUGAGCGCAAAACGACGGCCAAAGCGCUUGGAGCCGCUCACUAUGCGUCAAAAACUGUCCUCUGCUUCGUCCAGACACGGCGGUGCACUUUGCUACGGCCAUUUUGGAGCGUCCUUACGGCAAAGCCUGCC